AUGAACUGUGAAGUUUUAAUUCUUCUUUGCAGUCUUUGUGUGUCUGUAGCAUCUACUGACCUCAUUAGAAGGACGGACCUGGGCUUGGUUCAAGGGACAUUAGAACAAUGGGACAACAGAACUGUGGAAUGCUACCUUGGGAUCCCUUAUGCUGCACCUCCAGUGAAUCUCCUUCGAUUCCAACCUCCCCAGCCACAUCCUGGUUGGAAUGACACGCUGAAUGCAACUGAAUUUGGACCCAUGUGCCCUCAGGAACUUCUAACACUUGGUCAAGUAGCUGGUAAUGAAGACUGCCUCAAGUUAAAUAUCUAUGUGCCCUAUAAAAAGAUUAAUUCAAGCAAACUGCUAAUAGUGAUGGUGUGGCUUCAUGGAGGAGCCUUUGUCCUUGGAUCUGGAAAUUACAAGGCUCAUGUGCUAGCCGACUUUGGACAAGUUAUUGUGGUUACAAUCAAUUACCGGUUAGGGGUGUUUGGGUUUCUUUCCACAGGAGACAGUGCAGCUGUUGGCAAUAGUGGGCUACUUGACCAACACUUUGCUAUUUCAUGGAUAAAGGCCAAUAUCAGAAAUUUUGGUGGUAAUCCAGAGGAUAUUGUCAUAUUUGGACAGUCUGCAGGAGGAGCUAGUGUUGGAUUACAAUGUCUGUCACCUCUCAACACAGGGCUCUUCAAACGAGCAAUUUUACAGAGUGGGGUUGCUCUUGCACCCUGGGCUGUAAGGUUGGAUGACCCUUCCAUCUGGGCUGAGAAACUUGCCUCUAUAUUAUUUUGUCCAGUGAAUGAUAGUUUGAGGCUGAUCAGCUGUCUGCAGGAGAAACAAACAGUGGAGCUCGUGAAAGGUGCGAUGAAGUUGCACGACUUUAAUUUUUCAUUCGGUCCGACAGUGGGUGGUUCAUUUCUCCCUAAACCACCACAAGAACUGUCUGGAAACAUGAGCUUAGUCAGCCGAUUCACCUACUUGGCUGGUGUUAACAGUCACGAGGGAAGCUUGGCUUGGCCACAACUAAAGAAGAUCGAAACACAAGCUGAUUUUGUUAACUUCACAUCAUCUUUUCUCCAACUAACAGCUGAUAAAGUGGCAACGGUGUCUGACACCAUAUUGUGGGAAUACAAGAAUUGGAAAGACAGCAGUUCAUUUCACCUUCAGAAGCAAGCACUUGAGGUAGUUGGUGAUGCAGGUUUUGUAGCACCACUGGUAACGACAAGUGAAUUCAUGGCUAAAGCCACGAAAGAUGUUUACAUUUAUUACUUUACCAGACACCCAAAUGCAUCUGUGUCCCCUGAGUGGAUAGAAGCAGGGCAUGGAGAUGAACUUGUGUUUGUAUUUGGACUCCCAAUAAUGGGAGGACCUCUGGUAGGAAAAGAAGAACAUGAUCUGAGUCAACAAAUAAUGUCCUACUGGACAAAUUUUGCUAAAACUGGUGCAGUUGAACUUAUUGCAAUAAGUGAGGACAGUAUGAUAGCUGAAAUGAAGAUGGAUUUUUCAGCUGCAUUGGGCUUGCAGCAAUUCUAUGAUGGAAUAUCAACUGAAUAA